AAAGGUCUCGCAUUCAUGGCCCAUCGCCCGUCUCGCGAGGAAACCUAGAAUUUAGAUGUGUUGCGCUUGGUCAUCCAUGGGGGCCUAACACUUCGAAAUUCUCAGUUCGUUUUAUUUCUUAAGUUUUGUGAUACAUAUAACCGCCGCCAAUCUGAUCACGGGAUUGUGAUAUCGAAGUGAAUCUAUUAGGCACAAUGGAGGACGGACAUGCCAAAACUGUGGAUGAAGUACUGCAAUUUUUUAGUGCUGAUCCAGAGAGAGGUUUAACAAUCGAUCAAGUCAAAAGAAACCAAGAAAAAUAUGGAGCUAAUGAACUUCCAGCGGAAGAAGGAAAGUCUAUAUGGCAAUUAGUUUUAGAACAGUUUGAUGAUCUACUAGUCAAGAUUUUAUUAUUAGCUGCUAUUAUUUCUUUUGUAUUAGCCUUAUUUGAAGAACACGAUGGAGCUUUCACAGCUUUUGUAGAACCUUUUGUAAUUCUUCUUAUUCUUAUAGCAAACGCAGUUGUAGGUGUUUGGCAAGAACGAAAUGCCGAAUCUGCCAUUGAAGCUCUUAAAGAAUAUGAACCUGAAAUGGGUAAAGUUAUCAGAGGAGACAAACCUGGUGUUCAAAAAAUUAGGGCGAAAGAAAUUGUACCAGGUGAUAUUGUUGAAGUAUCUGUCGGUGACAAAAUCCCCGCUGAUAUUCGUAUCAUUAAGAUCUUUUCAACCACCUUGAGAAUCGAUCAAUCAAUUUUGACUGGUGAAUCUGUUUCUGUCAUCAAACACACCGACCCCGUACCUGACCCCCGUGCUGUCAAUCAAGACAAAAAAAAUAUUCUUUUCUCUGGUACCAACGUAGCUGCUGGUAAAGCUCGUGGAAUCGUAAUCGGAACUGGUUUGGCCACUGCUAUUGGUAAAAUCAGAACUGAAAUGUCAGAAACUGAAGAAAUUAAGACUCCUCUUCAACAAAAAUUGGACGAAUUCGGUGAACAAUUGUCUAAGGUCAUCUCUGUCAUCUGUGUAGCUGUCUGGGCUAUCAAUAUUGGUCACUUCAACGACCCCGCUCAUGGCGGUUCCUGGAUUAAGGGUGCCGUUUACUAUUUUAAGAUUGCCGUCGCUUUGGCCGUAGCUGCCAUUCCUGAAGGUUUACCUGCCGUCAUUACGACUUGUUUAGCUUUAGGUACUCGUCGUAUGGCUAAGAAAAAUGCCAUUGUAAGAUCUCUACCUUCAGUAGAAACUUUAGGUUGUACUUCAGUAAUUUGCUCUGACAAGACUGGAACAUUAACUACAAAUCAAAUGUCCGUUUCGCGCAUGUUCAUAUUCGAUAAAAUUGAAGGUAACGACAGCAGCAUUCAUGAAUUCGAAAUUACUGGUUCUACGUAUGAACCUAUUGGUGAAGUAUUCCUCCGAGGAGGCAAAGUUAAAUGCUCAGAAUUUGACACUUUGCAAGAAAUUGGUACUAUUUGCAUCAUGUGCAAUGAUUCUGCUAUAGAUUUCAACGAAUUUAAACAAUGCUUUGAAAAAGUCGGUGAAGCAACUGAGACUGCUUUAAUCGUAUUGGCCGAAAAAAUGAACCCUUUCAAUGUUUCUAAGAGCGGAGACAGGCGCCAAGCUGCUAUUUGCGUGAGACAAGACAUUGAAUCCAAAUGGAAGAAAGAAUUUACUUUAGAAUUCUCCCGUGAUCGUAAAUCUAUGUCUUCUUAUUGUGUACCUCUGAAACCCUCUCGUAUUGGUAACGGACCCAAAUUAUUUGUUAAAGGUGCCCCUGAAGGUGUUUUGGAUAGGUGUACACACGUACGUGUUGGUCAACAGAAAGUUCCUCUGACUAGCAGCAUUAAAAACCGUAUUCUUGAGGUUACCAAAGCUUACGGCUGUGGACGUGAUACUCUUAGAUGUUUGGCUUUAGCUACUGCUGAUUCCCCAAUAAAACCAGAGGAGAUGGAUCUUGGAGACUCAACUAAAUUUUACACAUAUGAAGUAAAUCUUACUUUUGUUGGCGUUGUUGGUAUGUUAGAUCCCCCACGUAAAGAAGUUACUGACGCUAUUGUAAGAUGCCGUGCUGCCGGUAUCCGUGUUAUUGUCAUUACUGGUGAUAACAAAGCUACUGCUGAAGCCAUUUGCAGGCGUAUUGGAGUCUUUGGCGAAGAUGAAGACACCACAGGAAAAUCAUACUCAGGUCGCGAAUUUGAUGACUUAUCUCCUGCAGAACAGAAAGCUGCUUGCGCACGAUCUCGUCUCUUCUCCCGUGUAGAACCUGCUCAUAAAUCCAAGAUUGUUGAAUACCUUCAAAGUAUGAAUGAAAUUUCUGCUAUGACUGGUGAUGGUGUAAAUGAUGCCCCUGCCUUGAAAAAAGCUGAAAUUGGUAUUGCGAUGGGUUCUGGUACAGCCGUGGCUAAAUCGGCGGCCGAGAUGGUACUUGCCGAUGAUAACUUCUCAAGUAUUGUUGCCGCCGUUGAAGAAGGUCGUGCCAUCUACAACAACAUGAAACAGUUUAUCCGUUAUUUGAUUUCCUCCAACAUCGGCGAGGUAGUAUCAAUUUUCUUGACUGCCGCUCUUGGUCUUCCAGAAGCUUUGAUUCCUGUUCAACUUUUGUGGGUCAACUUGGUAACUGACGGUCUCCCCGCCACCGCCCUCGGUUUCAACCCUCCAGAUUUGGAUAUUAUGGAUAAACCACCCCGUAAAGCUGAUGAAUCUCUUAUUUCUGGAUGGUUGUUCUUCAGGUACUUGGCUAUUGGUGGAUACGUAGGUGCUGCCACUGUUGGUGCUGCCGCCUGGUGGUUUAUGAGUUCAGCCGAGGGACCUCAAAUGAGUUACUAUCAAUUGACUCAUCACUUGCAAUGCUCUGUGGCUUCUGGUGAAUUUAAGGGAAUCGACUGUAAAGUAUUCAAUGAUCCUCAUCCAAUGACUAUGGCUUUGUCUGUAUUGGUUACAAUUGAAAUGUUAAACGCCAUGAACAGCUUGUCAGAAAACCAGUCUCUCGUUGCUAUGCCCCCAUGGUCUAACUUGUGGUUGAUUGGUUCUAUGGCUCUUUCCUUCACACUUCAUUUUGUUAUUCUUUACAUUGAUGUACUGUCAGUUGUAUUCCAAGUGUGUCCACUGACUUUCGAAGAGUGGAUAACAGUAAUGAAAUUCUCUAUUCCAGUAGUAUUACUUGAUGAAAGUUUGAAAUUCGUAGCAAGAAAGAUCACUGACGUUGGUGAGGUUGUAGUUGAUAGAUGGUAGAAUUUCAUUCAUCAAGUAUACCAGCUCUACGCUUUUUCACUUUAUUCCCUUUAGGAGAUCAGACGCUUUUAUAUCCUUUUUAACACUAGGAAAUUUUAGUCGAAUCACAUUAAUCACUUUUAUCUCUGCGCGAUUGCUUUUGCCAAGGUUCAGCGCGGAGCUGUGCUCUCUUCUUAACCUUCCGCAAGACAUCUUACAUUCUAGUGUUGAUUCCUUAAGGAUUUUUACCCUUUUUCAAGGACCUGUGAUGGUGCGUUAGAAUAACUAGCAACUGUACAUAUUAAGUUAAAAAUAUUUGUUAUUGUUAUUGUUUUAAAUAAGAAUUAUUUAUCAAUCCGAGACUAGGGCAGAUCGACGACUGUUAAGAGCAACAGAAGGGGAAGUAGCCCCUUCACGUUUUCUGAUUGUUUUUACAUUGCAUCACUAGUUUUUAUACCCCUCAUUUGACGCAUAUAUCGUUACUGGGCGACCCCUGAAUAAUAUAAAAGACAUUUUCAGUUAAAAUAAUACGUACAUCUUUCUACAGGGGGCGACCCAAAAAUCAUCACGUUACUUUGUUUAUUGCUGUAAAAUAUUUUCGAAAAAUUAACUUCAUUCAGUAACAUGAAGACGUUAAAGUAGAAUAUUCACGCGCAUAGCAUUUCGGUAUUAAACCACUCGUGGAUUGCACUAGUCUCAGAAAGAACUAUUGUUGCAUUAGCAACGUCAACAUCGAUCGUAUGUUACAAAUUGUGAAUUUCCAUCAGUUUUGUAAACAGAAUAUAUUUGUGUAAAUAAAAUUGACAGCUUUCUGGCUGUCUAAGUUA